UCAUGGUAAAAUUGAAUAACAAUGGACGAUUCUAUUGAAGUUCAUAGCAAUCUAAAUGAAAAAUAUCGAAAAGCUGUUCGAAGUAAAAUUCUAAAACGGAUAUACGAUAAGAACAUUUUAGAUCCAUUCAAAGAUGAAAAAAACAGUACUAAUCAAAAAUCGGAAUCACCAUCACCAUCGAGAAUCGUAAUUCGAGAUGAUUCAUCAAUUAAUCAAAAAAUUCGAAAUCGUUUGUCGAAUGAAUGGCAAAAAACUUUGGAACGUGUUCUAAACUAUAGCGAGGAUUAUUUCGGUAACAAGCUUGAGAUAUCGCGAAAAGAUGCCAUUCGAUUUUUUAUCAACACUGUUUGGCAAGAUGAUUAUGAAGAUAGCGAUGAUAAUCGUGAAGAUUCAAAUGAAACAUUGAAACAUAGACGAAAAGGUAAAAAUAAGAAACAACUCGAUGGAAAACGAACAAUAAAGUCUUCAAUGUAUCGCGCAGUUAAACCUGUUAAUGACGCAGAUCAAGUGUUGAUAGUUCGUCGUGCACGAAUACCAUGGUCAAAUCAUGAUAAACAACAUAAAAAAAUCAAUAUAAAUCAAAUUCUUACUUUUGAAUUUGAAAAUGCCAUUAUUAAUGAUGAUGAUGAGGAAAUUGAUAAACUCGGUUAUUUUUUGGGACAUCAAGCUGUAAACAGAUUGAUUAAAGAACAAAUCGAAUUGAAUCAAUUUUUUCGUAUCAAUAUUUUGGAUUGUUUUCAGAAAAGAUUAGUUUUUUAUGAACCACAUGAAUCGCUUUUUAAAGUUUCAGUGCAGAACAAACACGAUGAUAUGACACGAAAAUCAAGAUUGUCUUCCCUGUUGGCUAGAAGUUUAAUUUUCAUUCUAAAUGUUUCAAACAAAAAUGAUCAUAUGAAUCUUUGUUUGAACAAUAAAUCAUUCAUUUUGAGUAUUGGUUCGAUAAAAUUAGAUCUAUGGAAACAUCCGAACAUGAAUACUGUGAAUAAGAAUGUAAAAAAAUUGUUGCUAGCAUUCUCAAAAUAUGAAAAAUCCAUUUCAUCUCAUUCUAAUCGAAUGCUUGAUACAAUAAAACAACAGAUCGAUACGAUUGUCAGCAAAUUAGAAAACUUUAUGCAGAAUAAUAAUGAACAAACGGCAGACAAAGAAACCAAAAUGGAUUUAGAUUUUCUUCAACGUUUACUUGAAAAACAGGACAAAUUAAUAGCCGAUCGUCGACGAUCAUUAAUUAAUUUAAUUCAACAAUGGAGUUUAUUUCAAAAUAAUUUGGAACGAUUUAAUGAUUCGGAUGAAUUGCAUGAAAUUGAUCUUCGAUUGGAUGAAAUCGAAUCAAUCGACUCAGAAAUGGAAAGAAAACAAUUGAAAGAAUUGAUUUCGAAACGUGAAAAAAUUCAACAAUUAAUUGUUCAUAUGACCAAAGUCGACGAUAAUCAGCUAGAUACUGAAAACAUUUUCUUGUGUGAUGGUCGACUACCAGGUGAGCCAAAGUUUCGACCGAUUGAAUUGAUUUUGCCAAAGAAUUUUUCCACUUCUUCAUUUUCUUCGUCUUUAUUAUAUUGUAUUGAAAUCAUGUUUGACAACAAGAUUGUUGCUACAUUCGAAAAUCUUCAUUUAAAUCAUAAAACAUUUCAGGCAAUUUAUGACCACAAUUAUCGUUCUUUUCCGGUUCCAAUUUGUUUAGAUCCUUCAUAUACCAUGUCAUUGAUUAUGACAAAAGGCGAAGAAGUUUUUAUUGCAAACAAAUUGCCUAAAAUUUGUAUUAAAGAAAAAAAUAUUGCGGACAAGACUAUCAAAACGAUUACAGAGAUAAGUGUUAAAAGUUUACCUCCAUUAAGAAUAAAUUCAAGACAAAAAUCCAUUCGAUUUGAAGAAACAUUUCAAUGUUCAUAUAAUGAAACUCUCAGCAAAAAAAAGUCAAAAAAUUCUUUGGAAGGCAGCAUAGAAUUUCAAAUGUUCUGGUCUUCCAUACCUGAAUCUAAUAUUGAUCUUGAUCUGUUUGAUAUGUACGAUUCAGAAAAGCGUCAAAUAAAGCAAAUGACUGAUUUAGAACGAAUCGAUCAAUGGCUUCAUGACAUUCGUUAUCAAGUGGAUUUUGUAGAUUCAACUAAUCAUGAUGAUCAACUUGAUUAUCAUCGACAAAUAGAAUUAAUGCAAAUAUUGUUACGACAAAAAUAUCAUAUUGAAUUGUCUGCGUUAUAUGAGGGAAAAAAGCUGAAAUUAAAUAAAUUAACUACCGUCGAUGAUGGUGAUCAUUAUCAUCCAUCCAAUGAGGAUGGAAGUUUUUGUACGAUGGAAGAAAUCGAACAAAACAAACGAUUUCAGAUGAUGAUACAACGUCGACAAGGACAAGUUGAACAUAGAAAUCAACGUUUCUUGCCUUUGACUGACACAGACGUUUUGUUUAUCAAUGAUCAGUCGACCAAUAAACUUGAAAAAUCAUCAACAAAUAAGCUAUUGGAAUUUGUUCGUUUAUCUUCGAUGCAACAAAUUGAUCGUAUUUCGGAAAAUGAUCCAAGCGAAGAUUCUGUUGUUAUUUGUCAUGAAUGGUGUGCAGGUAUUGACGAUCAAUCUUCAUUUAAUUCAUGGUAUAAAACUGCAGCAUGUGUGUUGAUACAGAUCUGGGAUCAUUCAAUCGAAUCGAAUACUGAACAACAAAUCGGGUCAGAAAUAGUAUCUCUGGAUGAAAUCAUCAAAGAACAAACAUUUGAUACAAUGAGUGGAGUAGAUUUCUCCUGGCUUGCUUGGUUGUUUAAGUCACCUGCCGGACAUAAUCGUAAAUUAAAUCCUUCAAGACGAAAUCGUCACAAAGAAGCACUUAAUAUUUCGGAAGCUAUCGAAAGUGAAAUUCAAAUACAUCUUCUACUCCAACAUGCUACAAAUGUACCUUCAAAAAUUACUAAACAAGAAAACAAAAAUUUCUCAGAAAACACAGAUUUGCUUUCCGAAUGUUGCAGUUUUGUCGAAAUCAAAAUAGAUAACAAUCAACAAACAAUGUCAACAUCAUUUUCCGAUGGAUCCAAACCGAAUUGGAAUGAAAGUUUUAAAUUCAGGACCAAAUUGAUUCCAACAAACCGCAUCAAUUUGAAUUUGUUUUCCGUAAAAAAACAUUUGGAUGAUUUAGAUACAAGCCAAUUUGAUAUGUCCGAUAGUGACAAUUCGAAGCUUGAUCGAUGUUGGUUGGGACAAUUACAAUUACCCCUUCAUGUUCUUAUGUUUGUGCCGAAAUUAGAGGGAUCAUUUCAAUUAUUUUCGCCCUAUUUUAAUCCCAUAAGUUCAAAUAAUCGCGAAUCCGAUAAUUUGUUAAACUUGAAAAAGUCACGGCGACGUCACCUUACUGAUGAUGACGUUGAUGAUGAUGAAGAUAAUGAUUCCGGAAAAUUCGCAAAAAGCGUAGAUCAGGUUCUUUCGUCUACAAAGAAAAAUUCAAAAAUAAUCUCUUCAAUAGGUUCAUUUCAAGAUAUUUCUUUGUCAAUGUUCAUCACAAUAGAUCCACAUGUUGAAUUGAAUCUAUCAUUGAAAACGAAUCAUCAAUCAAUCGAAUCAACGGAAUUGCUUGAUCAUUGUGAAAAAUGGAUACAAUUAUUGUAUCAACGAUUUCCACGACGACGAUUUAUUUGUCUGGUCAAUAAUCUACAACAUCGUUCGGUGUUAGCCAUACGUUUUCUGGCACCUUUAAAACCACCAACAUUUGACGAAUUAUCUCCAUUUCAAUCAAUAGAGUUGAAAAAUGUCAAAAAGAAAACUAAACUAAAAAAAUUAUCUGACAAGAAUAGUUUAUAUAUUUUAAUGAUCAUCCGUUAUGUAUCAUUGAUUCCAUCAUUAUUGGAAUCGAAUCAACAUCUUAAAAAUUCAUCAACUAAUCGACGAUUUUUUGACCGAUGGUCAAAGUCAAACAUAUGGAUGGAUGUUUACCAAUUUUUAACUAUACGAAUUGGAUGUCAAUCAGAGCAUGCCAUUUUGCUUGCCUGUUUUCUUCAAUACAUGAACAAAAAAGCUUAUUUGGCUAUUGGAACUGGAUUAUUAGACGGACCUGUCGCUUAUGUGAUUAUUUAUCCGGAAUUCAAUAAUGAUAAUGAUACAAAUAUUAAUUCGAUGAAUGAAGAAUAUGAUACAAAAAACAAAUGGAUAUUGAUUGAUGCUAAGCGAGGGCGACAAUUUUUUUCAUCGGAUCAUGACUGUACAAUGCAAUCGAUUGAUUCGAUUAUAACGCCGGAAAAUAUUUAUGCAAACAUACAGAAAAGUACACAACCGAAUUCAAUUAGCUACAAUCUUCAACGUUCGAAUCGCUGGCAGCCCCUUUUAACUUCUCGAAAUCAAUCGAUGAUAGUUCAAAAUUUAGAUAUCAGCAUACAACCACAAACAAUCAAUUAUGGCUCAAUUCGUAACGAUUUGGCAAAAUUUAUAGAAGUGAAAGUAGAAACUCACCUUCGUGAACAAUUUAUGGCUUGGCGAAGACAUCAAACCGGAUCGUAUACACAGUUCAAUCGUUUUUGUAUGCAAAUAGUCAAACCAUUAUUACCUGAAUUAGAAAAACAUACAGUGCUCAGUGUUGAUGGAAAUCGGUCUUAUUGGAACAAACUAGCCGAGCUAGAAGAACGAAUACAACAAAAUCUUAAACAGAUAUUUGACGUACAUGAGAUGAUUUGCUAUCCAUUGAAUGUUGUCGGUCAUUCAGCAACUGACUUGGAUCAAUUGACACGAUUGAUUUAUGCGACCAACCUACACUUGACACAUUUUGGUAAUCCAAAUCAAGUGGAAUAUGUUAUUUCCUGUUACGUUCAACCAUAUCCUUCUGAUCUUUACUCUUUGUGGAUUUUUUUGGCUGCAUUGACAACCAAAUCGAUUGUCUCUACUUGAACAAAUUGAUUUUUUUUAAUAAUUAAAUUUAUUCAAUUGAAAAAAAUAAUUUUGAAUAAUUCAAAAUGUA